UCGCGUCUCAAUUCUGGCAUCACUGACCGCAGCCUAUGUCUAUGGGCGCAGUACAGAAUCGUUAGAUCAUUCUGGAUUAUUCUUCUCGGAAAUAUAUACAGUAACAAAAAUAUUUGUGCGCCAUUGAUUUCGUCGUAGUCUUUAUGCAUGUGUAAUAUGUAACAUCGCGAUUUGCCACAAUUUUGUUUUAGCCAUUGUAACCGAACAGUUUUGUGGUCAGAUUAGGUUAUAUUGUCGAUAUUGACGAUUGUCACCAAUUUUUUAUUUAUUCUAAAUAAACUUGGAAACUAUGUCAAAUUGGCGGCCAAGUCACAGCAACGGUGCAGAGCGAAGAGAUAUGUAUAAAAAUAACAGAGAGGACAGAUGUGAGAAGAGUAACGAUUCUCACAGAGACAGAUCGCAAAGGGACAGGAGCAGAGACAGAGAUCACAGAGGUAGUAGACGCGAUCACUCGAAAAGGGACGAUGAGAAGCAGAAUGGAAAGAAAAAAUAUGAAAGAUCGCCAGCAAGAAGAGAGAAUAGUCAUUCUAGACACAGAGAACGUAAUGAAAGGAGUAGGAGUAGAGAUAGAAGGGAUGACAUUGGAAGAAGACGUAAUGAUCAACACAAGCAAAAGAGAAGCUCAGAAGAUAUAAAAAUUAAAAGAGAAUCUUCUGUUGAGUGGGGAAAAUCGAACGUAAAUACUGAAAAAGAAAAGCCCAACUUUGAAGUAUCAGGAAAAUUAACAGAGGACAUGAAUACUGUUAAUGGAGUAGUUAUAAAAUAUUCUGAGCCGCAAGAUGCCAAGAAACCCAAACGGAGAUGGAGACUGUACCCCUUCAAAGGCGAGAAAGCAUUGCCUACAUUAUACAUUCAUCGACAGUCAGCAUAUCUUAUGGGUAGAGAUCGUAAAGUAGCCGAUAUACCCUUAGAUCAUCCCUCGUGUUCCAAACAACAUGCCGCUCUACAAUAUCGUUUAGUUUCCUAUCAAAAAGAAGGAGGCAUCGAAGGUAGAAGAAUACGGCCAUAUAUUAUUGAUUUAGAAUCAGCUAACGGAACAUUUGUAAAUAAUGUAAAGUUAGAACCAAAAAGAUAUCAUGAAUUGUUGGAAAAAGACGUAGUACGAUUUGGCUUCAGUACCAGAGAAUAUGUUCUGUUGCAUGAACAUAGUAAAGAUGAUUCCUUGGAUGAUGAUGUACCUCUUACAAAUGAAACUUAGGAUCUAUUUCUAAUAGAGAAAAAUGUCCAAUGAAUAUGUAUGAAGACUGAUACAUAAAUCAAAUUGAUUUAUCUAGAGAAUCAAGAGGACAAAAUAUCUAUGAGAAGAAAGUACGUGUAUAGAUACAAAGCCCCAAGUUUUUGGAUUCUUGGAGAUUCUUUUAUGCAUAUUAAAUGUUAUAUACAUUGAAGAUGUAAGAUAAUAGCUCUUGAAGGUUCCUGAAAAAUAUAUUAAAAAUACAAAAUUUAGUAGUAA